AGAAUCUGAGUAAUGAUGAACUGCUCUGCCAUAAAAACAGUUUCUUUAACUUUUUAUGCAUGAACACUAAGUGGUGGAAAUGAUAUGAUACAACUUAAGUGGAGACAAAUAUAAUGGCGUUUUCAAUUAGGGUCCUUUUGUUCAUCACUAUGAAUACUUGAAGUUAAUUUUUUUCUUCAUCAUUUUAAAUAACAAGCACUUUGAAACAACAUCACAUUUUCUUUUAAAUAUCUAACUGUUGGUCCUCAGUUCUCUCAUCAUAUGUAACUAAGUCUUUGGUUAUUGAAGCUUUAGGGACUUGGAAUAUUCAUUCAUCUUUACAAUGAGCUCCAACACCUCUGUCUCUAAAUGCUCGGUUCAUCAAAUAGAGAACAUUGAUGAGAAUGUUCCUGCAGAUGGGCCUGCAUCAUCUUGCCCCCCGCCUGAUACGCCCACAGAAUCAAUGGAGUUCCUUGCUAGAUCAUGGAGUCUUUCUGCCAUGGAACUCUCCAAAGCACUGCAUAACACCAAUAGUACGACCUCCACCGGUAUUGAGAUGCAACUUUUAUGCCCUUCUGACCAGUUCUAUACAAAGGGUUUCACUGCCUCUAAGGAUUCUGAUUUGUUUUUACUUCAUCAAGCCCUUUCUCCGGAAUCCCUUUCCAGUCAAAACUUGCUGAGAAAUGGGCUUCACAGGAGCUUGAUAAAAGGGAGGACAACAGGAAGGUGGUUGAAAGAUCAGAAGGAGAGAAAAAAACAGGAAAUUAGGACUCAUAACGCUCAGUUGCACGCUGCAGUAUCUGUGGUUGGUGUUGCUUCUGCUGUUGUAGCAAUUGCAGCAUCAAUAGCAUCAUCUGAAAAGCCUAAUGACAACCAAAAGAACCUUACCAUGGCUUCUGCUGCAAUUUCAUCUGCAGCAGCUUUAGUAGCCUCCCACUGCAUUGAGAUUGCAGAAAAUAUGGGAGCUGAACAGGACCAAAUCAUAACAGCAGUUAACUCUGCUAUUAAUGCAAAAACCAAUGGAGAUAUUAUGACUCUAACAGCUGGAGCAGCCACAGCCUUGCGAGGAGCUGCUACUCUAAAAGCGCGUCUGCAGAAGGGGCUUGGAGCUACUACAAUUCCUCCAAUUGAGGAGAAAUGCGGUGAAGCCAAAGAAGCAGGCAUCUUGACAGCACUGGACUGUUUCUUUAGAGGAGGAGAACUUCUCAAACGUACAAGAAAAGGAGUUCUUCAUUGGAAGCAAGUCUCUUUCAAUAUAAAUUCAAAUUUGCAGGUCGUAGCCAACAUGAAAAGCAAGCAUAUGGCAGGAACACUCACCAAAAAGAAGAAAUAUAUAGUCACUGGAGUGUACAGCGAUAUCCCAGCUUGGCCCGCAAGAGAGAAGGAAGACAUUGGUGAAAAGAGAGCAUAUUUUGGAAUAAAAACAGCAGACAGGAUAAUAGAAUUUGAAUGUGAAAGUAAAGAAGACAAACAGUUAUGGCUUGAGGGAAUCCAGUACAUGUUGAAUUGCCGUGCCAAAGUAACAUAUUAAAAAAUUAAUAGGGAUAACAAUGGCAUUGCUGUAAAUAUGCGUUAACUUUUUUUUUUCCUUUCCCCCCUCAUCUAUAUUGAUUACAGGGGUUAUUUAUAUUUUACUGAGAUGUUGAUUUGACAGCAUGGUCAUGAAAUUUUGCUCACAAAA